AAACUUCUGUCUGAUUUGAACGGCACCUCUUCGCGCGUGCUUGCGCGGUGCAUUGUGGGAUGAGAAUAAACGCCAAUAAGAGCACUUGCCCAUUAUCGCCUAUUUCUGUCGUCUGUCCGUCAUCCCUCUACACCGUCAAACCUGGACAGAUAUAUAGGCACCUUUAAUACUUUUUUGUACGAGCCAUCACAUUUGUCGGAUUAUGGGACAAAAGUUGCCUUAUUUUGGUGUUUUUUUCGCAACAUUUGGAUUCUGAAGUCAGAAAUGUUCUGUUGGUGUACAAUAUUUAUUUGAAUUAUUAUCUAUGAAUCUAAGUGUGUUGAAUAGGGUUAACCUGAAAUCUGAGUGCGAGGGCAGUGUGACCCGCCCUGGCAUGUACAGGGAGUGGGCUUCCCUGAGCUCUCGCCUGCUGAAUGGCAGUGAAGAAGGGCACAGCGUUUUGGAAAAAUUUCCUGGAAAUGCUGGUAAAGAUGUAUCACUGGCAAUUAUUCGUCAGCUGGCAUCAAAUGUUGGAAUAUCACAACCCCCACAACCAAGCAACCUUAUUACUGACAGAGAAGUACAGUGGUGUAUGGAGGUGAUCUGUUUUGGUCUUAGUCUUCCAUUAAGUGAACAUGACACUAUUAGGGAUUGCGUCAAUGUUUAUUGUGAAUGGCUCUCUGCUCUUUUGCCAUCACCAAAAGUCAGUGUUCCAAAGCCUGUUGUUGAAGACCCAGAUCUGUACGCUCGUCGAAUAAUUGCUCAUUUUCAUAAUCUGUUUGUUCCUCGCAAAGGGGAAGCGUGGACCUUCCUGUAUUCAGAUUUAGGGGCUGAUACUAUCAAUCGUCAAGCAGUACUGUGUCAUAGAGUCCUUCGUACUCUACAACAUAUUGCUCAGACCUCUGCUGCACUUUCUCGUGAGACUUGGGAAGCCUUACUUCUAUUCUUGCUUGCUAUUAAUGAUACAUUAUUAGCACCCCCUACUGUAAAAGAUGAUGUUGGGGACCAACUCUGUGAAAGAGUUCUUAGUGUGCUCCUUGAGGUUUGGCUGUUAGCCUGUGCUCGGUGUUUUCCAUCACCGCCUUUAUGGAAGACUUUACGAGAGAUGUGUCAUAAUUGGAGGCACCGAGUUGCUCUGGUUGAACAAUGGAACAGAGUUAACCUCGCUCUAACUUCAAGGCUCAUUCAAUUUGUGUAUGGACCUUCAUUCCCUGAACUGAAAAUAACUGAGGAGGAUGCCCAACUUGUUCCAUCUGAUAUGACACCAGAUUGCAUUUCACAGAGUUGGUUCAGGUUUCUACAUACUCUAGGCAAUCCUGCUCAGUUAUGCCGGCCAGGAGUUAUAUCUCACACACAAAAAUUCCUGCAGUAUGCCCUAGCAUCAGAUAGUGUGAUUGAUCCCUGCCAACAUCCUUGUUUGUCUGCUCUUCCUAUCAUAUUUUUGAAAGCCAUCCGAGGUGUUGCCGGGCAAGUUGACGCUUUUCUAGGCAUAGCACGUUCAUUGCACAUGGACUUUGGACUGCUCUCUGAGAAGGAACGGAAAGACGGCUAUUCAUCCCCUUUCUCUUCCCCCUCUCUUCACUCUGGUGGAGCCCAUACCUCUUGCCCAAGUCCCCUCUCUACAACACCCACUCCUCUACCAACCAGACGUCUUGCCAAGAGUUUCAGUGUUACCCCUUCUACUGUCACAAAGGGAAUUCCAAAGUCAACUUUGAUAGGAUUGACUAGUAGUCGAGCUUCUCAUCAUACCCCCGCUACACCAAAUUCUGGACCAUCAUCGACCUCAAGCUUAUCAUCUAUUAUAUCACUAGGGUCAGAGUUUCGAAAUGCUCUAGCUCCAUCGCGGCCAAAGUGUAACAGUAUUCUCCAUUUGUUUGGUGAAUGGCUUUUUGAAGCUGCUCAAAUUGGUUGUGAGACAGCAUAUGUCAAUCGAGUAAAUGCCUCAUCUAGAUCCGAAUCUGGAAAUACCAAAAGGCCAAAUUCUGUUUUAAUGGACACUGCUAAUACAAGAAAAGGCAGCUCAUCUGUUGUGUCACUUUCUCAACCAGGUUCCCUCUCUUUGUCUGUGUCUGAUGAUUCUGAAAGCCUUUCAGGAACAGCUGCUGAUCGUUAUCAGGCAGGACGUGCAGAGGCUAUGGGUGCAUUGUGCCGAAUAUUCUGUGCUAAGAAAACAGGUGAAGAAAUUCUGCCUGUUUAUCUUGCUAGAUUUUAUCUCACUCUCCAACAAGGCCUCAGAGUUGGUGAGGGAUCUGAGUGCAGUGAAGUUCUAGCAAGCAUAUUACUGAACUCUGCUGAUCUAUUUCGGCUUGAUCUUGAUGGAGUCCAAGUUUUACUCCCCUAUGUCAUUGAUGCAUUAGAAGAGGUUCUUCCUGAUAAAGAACUGAAGCUAAAAUCUAAUACAGUGUCAAGAACUGAACUCAGGCGUGCUUCCAUUCAUCUUCUUCUUUCAGUUCUUGCACUUCCUCUACAUUUUCAGAAUUUGACAAUUAAGGACUUAAACCCCAAUACUGGUGUUGGGUGUGCUGAUCGUAGUCCUCUUACUUUUGCUCAGCUAAAACCUCGUCUCAUGAACCUCCUUAUUAAUGCCCUUCAGGUGGAAUCUGACCCUCAAAACACGCAAAUGCUUCUUGGUGGCUUAUUGUUGAGUGUGCAGGACUCAGCAGCAUUUGAACUUUCAGACCAGGUGGCACAACCAGAUGUGGUUGGAACUUCUGGUCUUGCAAACAGUGAUUGUGCAAGCAAUCUUCUUUCUUCAGCUUCUGAUACUAUGAGCUCCCUUAGCCUUCCCAGUCUGACCCCUAGCCAUGGUGAAGAUAUAGUGGAUGGUGCUGAAAGUGAUCGAGACCCUGGUAGUGCUUUGAGUUGGUUUGAACGUUUCGACCAACCCCCAACUUGCGGCAUCAACAAAUAUUCAGCACAUGCAUUGUUUGUGCGGGCUACAUAUUUAGUUUGCCAUCGGUUGAUAUCAAGCUGGAAAACAGACCUCAAUGUGUCUUUGGCAGCAUUAGAGCUGCUAUCUGGCUUGGCUCGUAUUACUAUUAAAGAAACAGAUUCCUUGGAAUGUAAGCGAGCUGUAAAGUGGUUAUGUGACUACAUUGUCUAUCAAUGCUGGCGACCACCACCUGCCCACUCCAAGGAUUUACAUUCCACAAUUGUAGCAGCUUUUCAAUGUUGUGCAAUUUGGCUUGUUGCUCACCCUUACUUGCUUCAAGAUAAAGAGUGUUUAGGAAUUGUCUUAGAAGUUGUGGAGUUGGGAAUCUCAGGGUCAAAGUCUGUAGGAAAACCUGGAGAACCUGUCAAGAUGAAAGAUGAGAAGGAGUUAAAACCAGCAUCCAUGCGUGUUCGUGAUUCUGCUGAGGCUUUGCUUACUGUUGUCUUGGAACAAGUUGGCUGCUUCCCAUCACCUUGUGGUGCUGAAUCAUUGUCGUCUCUUUUGGAUGAAGUUUCACUCUUACGCCACUGCAAUUCAUGGCCAACUGCUGGUGGUGGGCCAGCUGCCUCAAGUAGAGCAGCUGCUGUGCAGAGAUUUCGUUAUUUUGUUUUGGAAAACUCUACUGUGUUGGCCUUAUUAGAAGAACCUCUAGGGAACGACCAAGACCCUCAACCUACUGUUACUGUUUUGAUUCGCGGUCCCUUCGGUCGUCAUGCUUGGGCUAUGCAACUCCGUCACUUGCCUCGGCACAAAUCAGGAAUUCCUCACAAAACAGCUAUGGCAGGGAGUGGAAUGAGUCCUGGACGACCUGUCCCCUUGGCAGAGCACGGCAUACAUCAACCUAGUGCACAUAGGCACUUUCCAGAAAGUGUUGACCGUAUCCCUCAAUGCAAAAUAGACAAGUCCAUUCCAAGUCUGGACUCUCUUCUCACCAAUGAGACCACAGCAAUGGAGCAUUCACGUUUGGCCCAGCUUAUUGACAAACAAUCAUCCCUGGAGGCUGGAGGAAGCCUAGGGGUUAGUAAUAAUAACAACAAUAGUCAAUCAGAACAAACAAGCAAUGGAAGUUUUGGUUCAUCUAGCGGUCUUGAGAAAGAGUGCACCCCUCCACCAGUUGUACAUGAUUUCCAAACUGCAAGACUGUUUCUUUCCCAUUUUGGUUUCUUAUCUCUAGAUUCCCUACAGGACUGUGUGAGCUCUCCUGUUCCCCCUUUAACAGCUUUGGAUGCCUGCAAUUCUAAUUUUUGUGCAGAUCUUGAGGCUCUGGAUAACAUAGGUGUUAGAACGUGUGAUACUGCUCAUGUGUUCUAUGUUAGAGCUGGCCAGAAAACAGCAUCUGAAAUUGUUGAUAAUGUUCUCUCUGAAUCAAGUGUAAAUGACCACUUCCUUGAGAUGCUGCUCUGUCUUGGCUGGCCUGUUGAUGUACAUCAGCACCCUGGUUGGACUGGUCAUAUCAACACCAGCUGGAAAGUUCAGCCCCCUCCUCCAAUUUUGGAACAAUGGGUCAGCACAGAUCAUGGUGGGAGCUUGUACAAUGGUGAUACACAAGUUCUUUAUUGGGCAGAUGUUAGCUGUGAAAUUGCUUUUGUGGUACCUUCAGCUAAUAACCUGAGUGGUAGUUUUAAUGGACCCGACUCAGAACGUUUGGACUUGAACUUAAAUAUCAACAGUAGCACCAGCAGUCUAACAAGUGCAGCUAUUGCUCAGCAACAACAAAAUUCAAGAGGAUGGUAUGAGCGUAGUGUGUCUGACUGUGGAGGAGUGAAUGCGAUUGCCCGCAAUCUCAAACACCCAAGUCCAGGAUUGUCGGGUAAUGUUUCUGACAGACACACCCUUAACUUGGAUAAACCAAGGGCCUUUUCUCUUGAUUUGGAUAAAGGGGUAGUCCCUCAGACUGGCCCACCUGGUUCCAGUGAUAGUGGUAGGAGAAGAACUGGAACAUCAAGAAGUGCACCUGCUCACCAUGCACCCACCAAAGUUCUAAUAAUCUGGUUGGAAAGCUUUGAUGACAAUGUUUUUGUUCCACUUGGUGACUUGCUGUUGUACACAAGCACUGGCCUUGAAGGACCCUGUCCCCCAAGUGAUGCUUCUCAUCCUUCAGAGAGGGAUUCUUUUGUUAUUUUUCUACAUGCUCUACCAAGUGGAUUACUUAGAGUAAAACUUCAAGGGCCUCAGGGACGUAUGAGUUUGGCAACACCCCUAGUAGACGGGAUGGUUGUUAGUCGGCGGGCUCUGGGACCUCUUGUUCGUCAAACAGCUUUAAAUAUGUGUCGGAGGCGUAGAUUAGACAAUGACAGCUAUCAGCCUCCACAUGUGCGGCGGCGUUUGAAAGUGCAAGAGUUGGUUAGCAAGUAUCGCACACAUAUGACAGAACCUGAACUUCUCACCUAUCUCUUCCAUGAUCCUCCUCUGUGAUCUUACAUAAUGUAUCUGUGAUUAAUCUGUAUUUGACCAUCGCAAGUAUUAGUGUUCUACUUCUCUGUUGUUGUUUUGUUUGUGAGAAAUUCUCUUAUAUUUUUAUUUAUUUCUGUAUGGGUAUUGUGCUGUGACUAUUAAUUAUCCCUCUGAUAAAAGUUAAAAUGUAUUUUUAUCGACUCAACCUUGUAUUGGCACUGUACUUCAUUACAUUACUUCUUAUUAUAUGAGACCUGUAUUAGGACUUAAUGCCAUCUAUGACAUGGCUAUCAUUAUAGGCUUCUGUCAACUAAUUACUACCAAAGUUUAGUUGUGUUCUCUUUAUUAAUUUUGUUUUAGUAUUUCUAGCUUUUUUAAAAAAAAAGUUUCAGUACUA